AUGGUCACCAAAGAAGCUUGGCUAGCCCUGAUUCUCAGCGGUGCCAAGACCAUGGAAAUACGGAAUCGCCCAGCACAAGCCGGCCCAAUCUGGAUCGGUCACGGAGGCAAGAUCUAUGCUUCUGCUGAAAUUACGGAAUGCAGAGAGAUGACGCAGGAGGAGUUCGAAAAGACAAGAGCGCAGCACCGGCACUUGAGCACAAUGAGCAGCGGCAGCAAACUGUACGGCUUGCUGCUAGCGAACAUCGUCCAACGAACCCAGCCAACGGAGUACUACCAAAAGCCAGCAUCGGAACUCUGGACUUUCUUCAAAACGGCACCGGACGACAAGAUCCCGCGCAGAACAGCCUCAAAGCGAACAGCGACCAUGCCGGCCCUGAGGGAUCAGCAAGAAGCCGGCAACUCCGCAAAAGAGACAGAAGAUGGACAGCUUCCAGAAGACGACGACAAAGAUGAAGAAACGCACGGUCGUCCAUACGAACACCAACUGCACGGCUACGAUUACACCUGCACACUCGAAGAAGAAGUGCAGCAGUUCGUCCAAGCAGUCAUGCACCAAGAGCUCCAACCCGAACAGCUGAAGUGGUGGCAAGACACCCUCAAAGAACGCUGUCGCUACCACCGCUUCCCGUGUCGAGCCUGGUUCGAGCUCGUGUACCAGUGGCAACCUCCAAUAAUGUCAACCACCCCAGACACCAACGACGGUGCACAGGGGCCACGACCGCGGACCUCGCAGAGCCACCCAACGCCGACCUGCAGCAUCCCGUGCUACGUCCCCAUCCUCCUACACUGGGAGCAGAACACUUCCCCCGCACCGAGGCCAAGCAUUCGUUUCCACAGACUAUAG